CACGUGCGUUGCCGGGCUGGGACGGAGCGCAGAUCGCUCUGACCGUGUGCUGCGGCUCGGCUCGGCUCGCUCCCGAUCCGUGCGGUUCCCCGCAGCCGGCAUGGGGCUGCUGUCGCAGGGCUCGCCGCUGAGCUGGGAGGAGACGCGGCGGCACGCGGAGCACGUGCGGAAGCACGGCAUCCUCCAGUUCCUCCACAUCUACCGCGCGCUGCGCGACCGCCACAAGGACGUUCUGAAAUGGGGCGACGAGGUGGAAUAUAUGUUAGUAAAAUUCGACCAUGAGAAUAAGAAAGUGCGCUUAGUGCUGAGUGGAGAAGAAGUUCUUCAAACGCUACAAGAAAAGGGAGAGAAGAUAAACCCCAACCACCCAACACUCUGGCGACCAGAAUAUGGAAGCUAUAUGAUUGAAGGCACACCUGGGCAACCCUAUGGGGGAACCAUGUCAGAAUUCAACACUGUUCAGGACAACAUGAGGAAAAGAAGGCAAGAAGCUGCUUCUGUGCUGAAAGAAAAUGAGGCUAUUUGCACUGUGACGUCUUUUCCAAGGUUAGGGUGUCCUGGAUUUACGCUGCCGGAAUAUAAGCCAACGCCAGUAGAAGGAGGAGCUUCAAAAUCCCUCUUCUUUCCAGAUGAAGCCAUCAAUAAACAUCCUAGAUUUAGUACUCUGACCAGAAACAUUCGGCACCGCAGAGGGGAAAAGGUUGUCAUUAAUGUACCAAUCUUUAAAGAUAAGAAUACACCAUCGCCAUUUAUAGAAACAUUUCCUAAUGAUGAUGGAGAAGCAGCAAAAGCAGCAAAGCCAGAUUUCAUAUAUAUGGAUGCUAUGGGGUUUGGAAUGGGCAACUGCUGUCUUCAGGUAACAUUCCAGGCUUGCAGCAUUUCUGAAGCAAGAUAUCUCUAUGAUCAACUAGCCACAAUUUGUCCCAUUGUGAUGGCCUUGAGCGCUGCAUCUCCGUUCUACAGAGGCUAUGUGUCCGAUAUUGAUUGUCGUUGGGGAGUAAUAUCUGCAUCUGUGGAUGAUCGAACGCGAGAAGAGAGGGGCCUAGAGCCACUGAAGAACAACCAUUAUAGAAUCAGUAAAUCCAGAUAUGAUUCCAUAGACAGUUAUCUAUCUGAAUGUGGUGAGAAAUACAAUGACAUUGAUUUGACAAUAGACAAAGAUAUCUACGAGCACCUAAUAAAGGAAGGUAUCGACCACCUUUUGGCACAGCAUAUUGCACACUUGUUUAUUCGAGACCCAUUGACUUUGUUUGAGGAGAAAAUACAUCUAGAUGAUGCAAAUGAAUCCGAUCAUUUUGAGAACAUUCAGUCUACAAACUGGCAGACAAUGAGAUUUAAACCACCGCCUCCAAAUUCAGAUAUAGGAUGGAGAGUGGAAUUCAGGCCUAUGGAGGUCCAGUUAACAGACUUUGAAAACUCUGCAUAUGUUGUGUUUGUGGUACUGCUAACUCGAGUGAUUCUAUCAUACAAACUGGAUUUUCUCAUUCCUUUGUCCAAGGUGGAUGAGAAUAUGAAGGUGGCCCAGAAAAGAGAUGCUGUUCGGCAGGGAAUGUUUUACUUCAGAAAGGAUAUUUGUAAAGGUGGAAAUGUGGUUGUGGAUGGAUGUGGCUCAGCACAAAACGGGACAGGCACAGACGCAGAAGAGUACACCUUAAUGAGCAUCGAUACAAUUAUAAACGGGAAGGAAGGAGUCUUUCCCGGUUUGAUCCCAAUUUUGAAUUCUUACCUUGAAAACAUGGAGGUGGAUGUGGACACAAGAUGCACCAUCCUGAACUACCUGAAGUUAAUAAAAAAGAGAGCAUCUGGAGAAUUAAUGACAGUCGCCCGAUGGAUGAGGGAGUUCAUCGCACAGCACCCAGACUACAAGCAGGACAGCGUGAUAACAGAUGAAAUGAAUUACAGCCUUAUCUGGAAAUGCAACCAAAUCGCACAAGGCCAGGCAGAAUGUCCUGAACUGCUGGGGGUAGGAUUUAACAAGAAGCCGAGUGGAAACAAAACUGACCCUUUGUAAUGAAUGUUUGUUAAGUAAUAGAAAGUCUUUUAGCAAAGCACUAGCAAAGAUACUGUGAAUCUGCUACAGUUUCAUGGUGUGAAGACCAAAACAGGGAUACUGCACUAUUAAAUGGGCCAAUGCCUAAAUAUUGGUUUAAGGCAUUCUAAAAUGGGCAUAUUCUUAUUGUUAAGGUUUAUACAAUGUACAUGUAAAUAGUAAAAUAUUUUUAUGAUUAACAUCAAUGUAUUUUAAUAAGCACUGUAUCUAAAGUUAUUGUGAAUUAGCUUGUUAACUUUUUUAUGCUUAGAAAAGGAAGAUUGUCCUGAACAGCUUUGUAAAUGUAAUGGUACUUGUAUAUUAUAUGCAUUCCAGUUACUGAAUGUUUACUGUAAUUUUUUAACCUGGAAUGUGCUGAAUAAUCUAUCUUAUUGUGUAAGAAAGGAAAAAAAGUUCUUAACCUACCUGACUCCCAGACUUGUCCCUUCUAUUUUGGUUUUGAAAGUGCUUAAGAACAGAAAAAUGCAUGUGCAUCCCAUUCGUUAAUCUCUACAGCAGUUUCUCGGUUGCCACAAGAAUUACAUCUGGGUGUGCAGUGUAGAACUGGAGGAGCAGAGCUAUCUCUAUUCAGAUAGCACAACUCCCUGUCUCCUGGUUACUGCAGGUUUACGUAAGUGCUGCCAGGUUCUUUCAUAACCUGUAUGUCAUACAACAAAAACUCCCAUCUUUUCCCAGAACAUUUUUUUUUCUUAUAAUGGUUCAGAAAUUUGCCCCACUUUUUAUGAUUUAACAGAACAGAAAGAGGGAAGUGAUAGAAGAGGAAAUGGGAGCUGAGCAUAAAGCUGUCCUUAUGCAGGAACCAGAGGUGACUGCUCUGGGCUCUGGCACUCUUUAACUGUUGGGGGAAGCCUGCAUUGCUGCUGCUCCCACAGUCAGUAACAACUGCAGCACAAAACCAAGGACCUUUUUGUUCUUCCUAAUGGUUGAGUUCCUCAUUCAUCAUUCACUAUUAAAGAUAUUUCUGGCAGCGUGUUUAUACUUGAUACAGGUAGCUGAGGUACCUACAGAGCCGUAAGUAUGGGCCACUUCACCCCGUCUGUAAAGCAGAUGGAAGGAGACCAUGGAGCAUGAGUCCUUUAACUGGGAGCCAGUGCUGGCAGUGACUGUAAGAUACAUGAAAUUUAGCCAUUGCAACUGUAAAUAAAGCAAACUUACGGGGCCUUUUAAUUUAGCUUCUUAACUGAUUCCUAAAAGUGCAUUGCAUUAUGGAUACGUUAUGCAAAGCUUAAUGCAAGAGCAUAUAAAUAUCUGAGGUGUAAUGAUCUUUACCAAGGACUAAUGGAGAAACUGCAUUGACAAGGUGCACUAAAGAGAGGCUUUUAUGUACUGACAUUAGAAUUUAUUCUGUGUUCACAGGUGUGCUUUAGAGAAUAAAAAGAAUGCUUUUCCAUGUGGUGGUGAAUUUGUUUUAAUCAAGGUGUAGGCAUAUAUGCUCAUUUAGUUUGUGUAAUAAGGAAAUAAAAUAAAAUUUGCAGUAUGUGUUUGUCACUUG